AUGUGCAGGAUGUCGUUCAAGAAAGAAACACCACUUGCCAAUGCUGCAUUUUGGGCUGCAAGAAAAGGAAACCUGGCUCUCCUCCAGCUGCUGCUCAACAGUGGGCGAGUAGAUGUGGACUGCAAAGACAGCCUUGGCACAACAGCUCUGAUGGUAGCAUCUUACUAUGGCCACAUAGAUUGUGUACGGGAAUUGGUGUUGCAAGGAGCAGAUAUCAAUCUGCAGAGAGAGUCAGGUGCAACUUCUCUGUUCUUUGCUGCACAGCAAGGCCACAAUGAUGUAGUGAAGUUUCUCUUUUCAUUUGGAGCCUCCACUGAAUUUAAGAAUAAAGAUGGAGGCACAGCUCUCCUGGCUGCCUGUCAGUACGGGCAUGCAAAAGUAGUGGAAACUCUGCUGAAGCACGGUGCCAACAUUCACGACCAACUCUAUGAUGGAGCUUCUGCAAUUUUCCUGGCAGCACAAGGAGGAUAUCUGGACGUCAUCCGAUUGCUGCUCUCUUCAGGAGCAAAGGUUAACCAGCCACGACAGGACGGGACAGCUCCCUUGUGGAUUGCCUCGCAGAUGGGUCACAGUGAAGUGGUGCGAGUGAUGCUGCUCCGGGGAGCAGAGCGAGACGCUGCACGGGAUGAUGGUACAACUGCUUUACUGAAGGCUGCCAUUAAAGGCUACAACAAUGUGAUAGAAGAGUUGCUGAAAUUCUCUCCCACGCUUGGCCUGCUGAAGAAUGGGACCUCUGCUCUCCAUGCAGCUGUCCUGAGUGGCAACGUGAGGACAGUGGCACUGCUUCUGGAGGCAGGAGCGGAUCCAUGCCUGAGGAACAAGGCAAAUGAAUUGCCAGCAGAACUAACGAAAAAUGAACGCAUCCUCCGACUCCUCCGUGCAAAGGAAAAGCAAAGGAAAAGCUAAUGCAGCCCUAUGACAGAUGCAAUUUGACAGAGAUGUGCCCUGACCACAAGUAGCAUGACGGUAAUCCUAGAUUGGAACAGUUUGCAGAACUGAUCAGCCUGUCCAGUACACGCUCCCUGAACGCACCAGGCCCUUGCCACAGGGUCACCACGGGCUGGGGUCUCCGCCCGGCAUCGCUGAACGCGGGACA